UCACAGCGACUCUGUUUCCUGUUCCGGCGCCGGGCGGAGGCUGCACGCUGAGCGUCACGACGGAGGGGAAAUUCCCUGGCCCCGAAGUUCUCCCUCUGAAUUUCUGUGUCCACUGAAACUCGCAGGCCCAAAUGCCUCACAACUGCACAGAGGCCCAGGAAAGGAGGAGACCAGCCAGGUGCUGGAGGAAUGGAUGAAGCCUUUUUCCAGCUUUGCCAGGAAUUCACGCGGCUGCAGGACUUAUGUGCAAAGCAGGCCGAGCUUUUACAGGAGUUGGUGGCGACGCAGGAGCCCGUCCCCGCCAUGCCCAUUUCGAUGCCAAUCCAGUGCACAGAUGCCGGCGGGUUGGAGCAACCAGAGAGGAGCGUCCUCAAACAGCAAGUACCAAAGGCUGAUGGCUCCGGCCUUCCCAACCCAACGAUGCCUCCAUGGCCCAACACCGGCGCUUUUUGGGGCCAGCUGCAAGACUCGUUUUCCCAGGUGGACAUCACGUACCCACCCAGGGCUGAUGCGGCAACGGUGUUUUUGAGCCGGCCCCGCCACACCCCUCCUGCGGGCAGGAUCCCGGAGGGUGACCCGCCACUGGGAACGGACAUGACGUUUCCCGCCUGGAACGUGGCCCAGGGAAAAUCCACAGCCCCUCGCAGACCUCUGGAGCAUGGGACCCUGCAUCCGGAGGAGCUCAGUGCCUUCCCCAGCUUCCUGGAUCUUUACAGAGCCCCCCAAGAGUUGCAGGUGGAAAGGGCUUCCCGUCGUGUGGCAUGGAGCCAAGCGCCUAUAGAAAUACGCGGCCCCACACAGACAUCCUGGACGCCAGAAUGGGCGGUAGAAGACAGCUCACUUGGCCACAGUGGGAAUUUUGAACUCCAAGGGGACUCUGAAUACACAGACCCGUGAUUUUUGCCAGGCAACGCAAGGAGACUAUCACGAGCUUCGCACGGCCCGUAUCAAAUAGGAGUGGUAACGUCACAUGCUUGUAACCCCGCUUACCCAGGUUAUAUGCUUGUAACCCCACUUACCCAGAAUGGUU